AUGAAGAAGUGAUGAAAAUAGAAAUUAGUUUUAUUUUAUGAGUCAUGUGUUAUAAUACACAGAAAAAAAAUGCACCAGUUACAAAGCCGGUCACAAAAAGGAAUAAACGUACAGCCGACAACGCAGUCACUAGGGAAAGGGGGAAGACACGGGAACCACGCAGCCCACAGGCACGGGGCAACCACCGGGCCCUAGCCGAACGACGGGGGAACGCAGUGGGCAGGCCGGGCCGAGCCACGCCUCCGCGCCAGGCACCGCAGUAGAGCGAACAGGGACGCCGCUCGGCGCAGGCGCGAGCCCAGUACCGCAGGCCGCCGGGGCAGGAAGGACGGAGCCUGAGGACAGCGAGCAGGGGACGCGGAGCGGUCCAAGGCGCCGGAGCCCUGGCGAGGCCUAAGCCUUCUGCCAUGCCCCGGCCCCCACGAGGCCCAAGUCCCCUGCCCCGACCAGGCGCCCGCGGGAGGCCCAAGCCCCGGCCUGGUCCACCUCGGAAGCCUCUAGGACCCGGGGGCGCCCGGCGGCCCGCCCGGCUCCCACAAAUAGACUCCUGGGUGGGUGCCUGAGCCCCAAAAAUAGAUCCUCAGGGUGGGCGCCCGAGCCCCAAGCAGACUCUUCGGCGGGCGCCAUGGGGCCGGGAGACGCAGGGCGCCGCGUGACCGCCUCACCAGUGCCUCCGCCGUUCGUGCGCGUCGCGCCCUCGCUCUUCCUCGGGAGCGCGCGCGCCGCGGGCGCGGAGGAGCAGCUGGCGCGCGCGGGAGUCACGCUGUGCGUCAACGUCUCCCGCCAGCAGCCCGGCCCGCGCGCGCCCGGCGUGGCAGAGCUGCGCGUGCCCGUGUUCGACGACCCAGCAGAGGACCUGCUGGCGCACCUGGAGCCCACGUGCGCCGCCAUGGAGGCCGCGGUGCGCGGUGGCGGCGCCUGCCUAGUCUACUGCAAAAACGGCCGCAGCCGCUCGGCCGCCGUCUGCACCGCCUACCUUAUGCGGCACCGAGGCCUCAGCCUGGCGCAGGCUUUCCAGAUGGUGAAGAGCGCUCGCCCGGUAGCGGAACCCAACCCGGGCUUCUGGUCUCAGCUCCAGAAGUAUGAGGAGGCCCUCCAGGCACAGUCCUGCCUGCAGGGAGAGCCCUCAGCCUUAGGGUUGGGCCCUGAGGCUUGAAGCUUGAAGGCCUACUGCCUGGAGGAAGGAUGUUCCUGCACUGAUACUGGAGGCUGGUCUUUACCCUCCUUCCUCACUGUCACAUCGAGUUUUCCUUUUGUGUGUGUGUGAAACACAGUGCUUUUAAUUUUGUAUUUCUGGCUGAGCUGAUGAACAAAUUAUCUUACAGGCAUAAAAAGAAACACAUUUGGUAAAACACUGAAGACAAAUUAAGAAAAAGCAAAUAGGGGUCCUCCAUUAUUUAUACCCCAGAAUCUUGAGUGUUUCGGAGUGCCAGCGCGUUCUACCACUCUCAGUGAAGGACAUGAGUACAGACUACAGUCAUCAGAAUCUGAGUCAUAGGUGAAAUCAGGAAAAGCAACUCUUCUUGCGUUUAUUUUUAGUAGUGUCCUAAGAAUGGACUAGUUCUUCCUGCGUGACCACAGAUGCUUCUGUUUGAGAAAGUGCAUACCCACGUGGGACAUUUAGAGCUAGAGAGCCAAGCUGAGGAAGACAUUGUUGAAGGGCAACUUGGGGGAUUGGGGAAAUACUCUCUUCACCAGCCCCUCUGCAAUAGAGCUGGAGUCGUCCUAUAGGAGUUCCAACAAUUACGGACAUCCCUUUUCUUUCUUUCUUUUUGUUUGUUUGUUUGAGACGGAGUCUCUGUUGCCCAGGCUGGAGUGCAGUGGCGCAAUCCCGGCUCACUGCAACCUCUGCCUCCCGGGUUCAAGCGAUUCUCCUACCUCAGCCUCCCGAGUAGCUGGGACUACAGGCACGUGCCACCACACCUGGCUAAUUUUUUGUAUUUUUAGUAGAGACGGGGUUUCACCGUUUUAGCUGGGAUGGUCUCAAUCUCCUGACCUCGUGAUCCACCCACCUCGGCCUCCCAGAGUGCUUGGAUUACAGGCGUGAGCCACGGUGCCUGGCCUCCUUUUUCUAUUACUAGAGAACUCCAGGACAUUAAGAAUUUCAAAAGCGAAUUUUUCUCCCAUAGCUUCUAUGGUGACAGAGUAUGGUGUUCCUGUAGUGAAAACAAAACCAAGUUUUUUUGCUCCUUUCACUAAAGCUGUUUCAUCUGGGGAGAAAGCCUGGUAGAUUACAUAUUUCCAUCUCUCUCAGGGAUAACAGUGUGGCACGCAGAUAACAGGCACAGCUCCCACACAGCUCACCAUGGACAUGACCAGAGCAGCAGGAACCAAAGGGAGACCCACACAUUGUCACUUUCUGAUCUCGAGAUUAGAUGUUGCUAUAUAAACACAUCGACUGAGGCUCACUGGAACACAUCAAGACUGUGUCUGCAGGAAGGAGCUCCCCGUUCGAGGCCUUCACAGUGUCACCACAUUCACCUCUUUCCACUUAAUCAUGUGCUGUGAAUCCUGUCCUAACAGUCUUGUGUUCCUUAAUUAUUUUGUCUGCAUGUCAUUUAUAAUGUAUAACCUCUUUAAUGCCUGAAAUCAUAAUCAUCAUCAUCACAGGCAAGAGGGUUGUAUAUUUCCCGUUGGAGACACAUCUGGAAUUUGCUGCAAUAAAGUAAUAAGAA